UUCUCCAGCUCCGUUUCAGCCCAUUUUUCCUUCUUCUCCUCGUGAGCUCCCAACGUCCGCUAGAUUAGUGCCUCUUUGAUCGUUAUCGACCCCUCGCACCACAGCGAGGACCAUCUAUACCAUACACAAUGGCUGACACUCAGGCCCAGCAGGCCCCCGCCGAGGUUGACUACACCCUCAACAACCCCGAUACUUUGACCAAGUACAAGACUGCUGCCACUAUCUCGCACAAGGUCCUCGAUGCCGUCGCAGCCCUGUGUGUGGAGGGAGCCAAGAUCGUUGAGAUCUGCCAGAAGGGUGAUGAGCUUCUCGAAGAGGAAAUUGCUAAGGUCUACAAGGGCAAGAAGAUCACCAAGGGUGUCGGUCACCCCACAACUGUCUCUCCCAGCUCCCAUGUGACCCCAUACACCCCCUUGGUUUCCGACGCCCAGGAGGCCGAGACUACCCUGAAGGCCGGUGAAAUCGCCAAGAUUCAGCUCGGUGCCCAGAUCGAUGGCUUCGGAACCAUUGUUUGCGACCAGGUUGUUGUCGGCCAGGACGAAGUGACCGGCCGCGAGGCUGACCUCAUUACCGCGACUCACUACGCCAACGAGCUCCUGCUCCGUCUUAUGGUGCCCCCUGGUCUUCUGGCUACCGGUACCGAGGAAGAGAAGAAGAAGGCUGCCGCCGAGAGGGCUCCCACUCAGGCUCAGAUCUCCCAGCUGAUCGAGAAGGUUGCCAAGGCCUACGACUGCAACGUGGUUGAGAACACCACCAGCUGGCUCUUCGAGCGCAACGAGAUUGAGGCUGAGAAGAAGAUCAUUCUCUCCCCCGGCACUGGCGUGAAGGGUGAGGGUGUCCCCGACGUUGGUGAGGUUUGGGGUGUUGAAAUCGGUCUCUCCCUUGGAUCUGGAAAGGUCAAGACUCUGCCCCUUCGUUCUACCCUGCACCGCCGUACCACUACCACCUACGGCCUCAAGCGUCCCAGCUCGAGACAAACUCUCUCGGAGAUCGUCAAGAAGUUCGGCCAGUUCCCCUUCAGCUUGCGCCAGCUGGAUGACGAGAAGGCCGCUAAGGUCGGUGUCGUCGAGUGUGUCCGUGGCGGUGUCCUGAGACAGUACGAGCCUGCCGGUGAUGCUGACAACGCCCCUGUCUCCCGCCUCUUGACUACCAUUGCUAUCACCAAGAAUGGUAUCACCAAGCUCACUGCUCCCGCCACUCCCGAUUUCACCAAGGUCAAGUCCGACAAGAAGAUCGAGGAUGAGGAAAUCCUUAAGAUCCUUGAGCGUCCUCUGUCCAAGUCGACUGGCUCCAAGAAGAACAAGAACAACAAGAAGAAGGCCGCCAAGAAGGCCGACUCUGGCGAUAAGGAGUAAAUUAGCCGUUUAACUCGGUCAGCUUUGGCAUAUCUAGUGAAGCGUUGGAUAGGCAGAUGGAAUUGCUCCAGGCCAUGGUCGGAGCUCCUUUUUCGGAGUGCUCCAGGAUGUUGAUCAUUCAUGUCAAUCAAAUCCCUUUGUCCACGCUGGAGAGAGGCGAAUUUGUUCCGCGAGCACAUGGAGCGAGAGGCAUAGGAGGAUAGGAGAAGCCAUAUAAGAUUUCCUGUCUUUUACCACGG